CUAUUUAAUUGCAUAACUAGCUCAGAGUGUCCAACAUCUUGUACUAUACGACUAUACCACAAUCACAUGUGCUUCACCAAAAAAUAAAACAUAUUCAUCACCCUGUAACUCAAACAUGGUGUUCAUUAAGCUUUCAUUAAUUCGUCUAAUUCUCUGCUCACUCUUAAGCCUCCAUUACUCCCAUCUUUUCACAUUUUCUUCUUUUGCCUUUGCUGCCAUCACUGCUAAUGAAGUUGCAGAAAACCAAGAGAUGGAAGCAAGUGAAAGUGCUCUACUUGAGUGGAGAGAGAGUCUUGACAACCAAAGCCAAGCUUCUCUGUCUUCAUGGACCAGUGGUGUCAGUCCUUGCAGGUGGAAAGGAAUCGUUUGUGACGAAUCCAUCUCUGUGACCGCUAUAAAUGUUACAAAUCUUGGGCUACAAGGUACUCUUCACACUCUCAACUUCUCAUCCUUUCCCAAGCUGCUAACUCUGGAUAUUAGUCACAACAGUUUUAGUGGAACUAUUCCUCAGCAAAUUGCUAACUUGUCCAGUGUUUCUCAAUUGAUAAUGAGUGCUAAUAAUUUUAGUGGUCCAAUCCCCAUUUCCAUGAUGAAGUUGGCUAGCUUGUCAAUUCUAAACUUGGAAUACAAUAAACUUUCUGGCUCUAUUCCUGAGGAGAUUGGAGAAUUGCAGAACUUGAAGAGUCUAAUACUUCAAUGGAAUCAACUUUCUGGUACCAUUCCUCCAACAAUUGGAAGGUUGUCCAACCUUGUUAGAGUUGACUUAACAGAGAACUCAAUCUCUGGUACAAUCCCCACUUCAAUUACAAACUUGACAAAUUUAGAACUCCUUCAGUUCUCAAACAAUAGACUUUCUGGCUCCAUUCCAUCCUCCAUAGGAGACUUGGUCAAUUUGACUGUUUUUGAAAUCGAUGAUAAUAGAAUUUCAGGUUCAAUUCCUUCCAAUAUUGGAAACUUGACAAAGCUGGUCAGUAUGGUCAUUGCCAUUAACAUGAUUUCUGGAUCAAUUCCUACCUCCAUCGGAAACUUGGUCAAUCUACAGUUCUUUGUCCUUUAUGAGAACAAUAUCUCCGGAGUUAUUCCUUCCACCUUUGGAAAUUUGACAAACCUCGAGGUUUUCAGUGUCUUUAAUAACAAACUUGAAGGCAGAUUAACACCAGCAUUGAAUAACAUUACCAAUUUAAAUAUCUUUCGACCAGCCAUCAAUAGUUUCACUGGCCCCUUGCCACAACAAAUUUGCCUUGGUGGGCUACUUGAAAGUUUUACUGCUGAAAGUAAUUAUUUCACGGGUCCAGUUCCAAAAAGCCUGAAAAAUUGUUCCCGUCUUUACAGACUCAAACUAAAUGAAAACCAGUUGACCGGAAAUAUAUCAGAUGUUUUUGGUGUAUAUCCAGAGUUGGACUACGUUGAUCUGAGUAGCAAUAACUUUUAUGGCCACAUUUCACCAAACUGGGCAAAGUGUCCUAAUCUCACAAGCCUUAAGAUGUCCAACAACAAUUUAUCUGGUGGUAUACCCCCAGAACUCGGCCAGGCACCCAACUUACGAGUACUAGUCUUGUCUUCAAAUCAUCUAACAGGAAAAUUUCCAAAAGAACUUGGGAACUUGACCGCUUUGUUGGAGUUAUCAAUAGGCGACAAUGAACUUUCUGGCAACAUUCCUGCCGAAAUAGCAGCCUGGUCCGGCAUUACACGUCUCGAGCUUGCAGCAAAUAAUUUAGGUGGCCCGGUUCCAAAACAGGUGGGAGAGUUGCGCAAGUUACUUUACUUGAACUUGAGCAAGAAUGAAUUCACAGAAAGCAUUCCAUCAGAAUUUAGCCAAUUGCAAUCUCUUCAAGAUCUCGAUCUUAGUUGUAAUUUGCUAAAUGGAGAAAUACCAGCAGCACUUGCGAGUAUGCAAAGAUUGGAAACACUAAACCUCUCACACAACAAUCUCUCAGGAGCCAUUCCUGAUUUUCAGAAUAGCUUGUUAAAUGUUGACAUAUCUAACAACCAAUUGGAGGGCUCAAUUCCUAGCAUUCCAGCCUUUCUUAAUGCUUCAUUUGAUGCAUUGAAAAAUAAUAAAGGCCUGUGUGGAAAAGCCUCCAGUUUGGUGCCUUGCCACACCCCACCUCAUGAUAAAAUGAAAAGAAAUGUCAUCAUGCUGGCAUUACUCCUUUCUUUCGGCGCUCUAUUUCUAUUAUUAUUGGUGGUUGGAAUUUCUUUAUGUAUUUACUACCGAAGAGCAACAAAGGCCAAAAAGGAGGAGGAUAAAGAAGAAAAAAGUCAGGAUCAUUAUUCCCUUUGGAUUUAUGAUGGAAAAAUAGAGUAUAAAGAUAUCAUUGAAGCCACAGAGGGGUUUGAUGACAAAUAUCUCGUUGGAGAAGGAGGAACUGCAUCUGUUUAUAAGGCAAAAUUACCCGCAGGACAGAUUGUUGCUGUGAAAAAACUUCAUGCUGCACCCAACGAGGAAACACCCGAUUCAAAAGCUUUUUCAACUGAGGUUAAAGCCUUGGCCGAAAUCAAGCACCGUAACAUUGUGAAGUCACUAGGAUAUUGUUUACAUCCACGUUUUUCCUUUUUGAUUUAUGAGUUCCUAGAGGGUGGUAGCUUGGAUAAAGUACUAACCGAUGAUACGCGUGCAACAAUGUUUGAUUGGGAAAGGAGGGUGAAGGUUGUUAAAGGUGUGGCAAGUGCUUUGUACCAUAUGCAUCAUGGUUGCUUUCCUCCUAUUGUUCACCGUGACAUAUCAAGUAAGAAUGUUCUUAUAGAUUUGGAUUAUGAAGCCCACAUCUCUGACUUCGGAACAGCUAAAAUUCUGAAUCCUGAUUCACAAAAUAUAACCGCGUUUGCAGGCACAUAUGGGUAUUCUGCACCAGAGCUUGCUUAUACUAUGGAAGUGAAUGAGAAAUGUGAUGUCUUCAGUUUUGGAGUGCUUUGUUUGGAAAUAAUAAUGGGAAAGCAUCCAGGGGAUCUCAUUUCUUCAUUGUUUUCAUCAUCUGCGUCUAAUUUGCUAUUAAUGGAUGUGUUGGACCAGCGACUACCUCAUCCAGUGAAGCCAAUUGUUGAACAAGUGAUCUUGAUUGCAAAAUUAACAUUUGCUUGCUUAAGUGAGAAUCCACGCUUUCGCCCAAGUAUGGAACAAGUGCAUAACGAGUUUGUGAUGCCAAAAUCAUCUUCUUUGGAUCCACUCCCCAUGAUCACACUUGGUCAACUAUCUAAAUAAUCGAAACUUGUUUUCUGGUGUGUUAUGUGUUUUUUAGUUUUUUGGUGUACAGUGUGAUUAAGCCUUUUGGGAUAUUAAUGUUUUUCUCUUGCAUAUUCUGCAUGUUUCUAAUUGAGUGGAGUGCUUUGUAUGUUCUGUUCCGUUAAAGACUUGGAAAAUAAUUGUAAGUUGUCUUAUGUCUUUUGUAAGAUCAAAUAAAUAAAGUGUGAUUUUGAAGGGAGACAGUCA